AUGGCCGCAACAGAAACCACGCAGGCGUUCUUCACCAAGCUCUUUGCUGCGAUUUCACAAGAAGGGUUGGGCCCCAUCCUGCUGAACGCUCUCCACGAAAACGUCAAAUGGACAGCGACCGGCCAAUCGCCACUGUCGGGCGUGUACGAGGUCAAGAACGCGUACCAGGAAGACUGCCUUGGAAAAAUUCGUGGCAGGCUUGAAUACUCUCCCAAACCGCAAGUAAACAACAUCAUAGCCGACAGGGAGUGGACGGCAGUCUACUUCCAUUCGCACGGCGCCAGAAGUGCAAAAGGCGUGGACUUUGGAAUGGAGUACUGUUGGUGGCUGAAGGUGCAGGAUGACAAGAUUGUAGAAGUCAUUGGGUUCUUUGACCAGAAGCAAGUGUACGACCUUUUCCACGAGUAG